ACCUGAGAAUACAGCUGAAGGAACUUGCAUGCCUUCGUUUUCCUGCUCGACUCAACACUGCACAGCUUCUCUUCCAUUUGUAUACUUCUUUCUUCCUGGUACGCUCAACCACUUGUAACGAUGUCGAUUGUUCCUCUUAUCACUUUCAAGGCCGGCGCCUGUGAGUAUAACGAUGAGCAGAGAGACGAUAACAAGGUCAAACCUCUGCCGGCUCAGGGCUACAUUUAUCUCUACUCUGACGAUGACCUAAUCCACUUCUGCUGGCGCAAGCGAAGCGCUCCGAUGACCGAACCCGACCUUGACCUAGUCAUGGUUCCCACCGACGGCCAGUUCGUUCCCUACACAUGGGCAGACCAGUCUUCCGCAAAGACAAACGGCCGUAUCUUCGUCCUAAAGUUUGCCUCCUCGUCGUCGCGCCACUUCUUCUGGCUGCAGUCGAAGCCCCAGUCGAGGAACGGAGACCCGAGCUGGUUCAGCCCGCGCGACAAGAAAAUCGGGGAGAUCGUCAACAGACUACUACAAGGCGAGGAGGUGAGCGCCACACAAGAGUUGGGCCAGGUGCGCAAUGUUGACGACCGCCGCGAUAAUGACGACGACGAGACCAUGGAGGAUGUCGAAGGUCACGGCGGUGCCGGCCACGGUGCGACGGGAGGUGACAUUCGAGAGGAAGGCGAGGAUGCUAGAGAAGGUGGAAGCGACGGAGCCAGAGCAGCGGCCGGCGGGGCUCGUACCGCACCCGCGUCCGAUGCCGAUGCUGCUGUGCAGAAUUUUCUACGGUCGUUACAGGGCAACGCUGGUCUGGGCAGCAGCUCGCGGUCUGGAGGACAACAGGCUGCUGACAAGCCGUACCCCUACCUAAACCACCUGCUGCCCAACGAGACUACCAUUCCCAUGCUUGCAUCGGCAUCAGAGGCCUUUACCGAUAAUUUAUUAGGCUUCCUGCCCCCUACCGUCUUGGUCCUUGCCACGGGCGCUGGAGAUGCGGGAGAUGUCGAGCCGUCCGCGGAAGCUGCAGCCGCAGCAAGGGCGUCUCUGAGAUUGGCAGAAAAGAAGAAUCUCUUGCAGAAGGUCCUUAGGAGUCCACAGUUUCACCAAGCUCUGGGCAGCCUCACCAUGGCUCUUCGGGAUGGUGGGCUUCCCACUAUCGCGGAGGCUCUCAAUGUGAAAGUAGCCAACGGUGGUUACAUUAGGGGCGGGGGGAUGCCUCUGGGAGGUGGAGAGGCUGUGGAGGCUUUCGUUGAGGGCGUGAAGACGACGGUCAAAGAAGAGGAGGAGCAGCGAAGACAAUAGGUUUUGAAGAGGUUGUCCUACAUGUGAUCGUAGCAAACUGGAGGUGGAGUAUGCAACUCCAGGUCAGGCAUCGGGAUAGUUGGUCUGGUCUUUCACGGGAUGUCGCUGUUUAUUAAUGAAAAUACCUACGUGGUGCGUUACGGAACCG